AGUGAGUUCGGAGUCUUAAACAAACCAACAACGCUUGGACACACAUUUAAGAGCACCCUGCACUUUCCAACCUCUAUUACAAACAGAGAAAAGACACCGCAAGUGGAUUCAAGAGGUUUGCUAAACUACUGAUCCGUGCGUAUGGACUUUUAAUUGCUGAUUUAGACCAAGGGCUUUGACUUUUUUUUUGGUCGCAAUUGAAAACAGAAGCUGAUGAUUUAACUGGCAUACUUUGUGCAUGUGCUCCACGCACAAAUUAAAAAAAAGGUAUUUUUUAAAUUUAUUUCAAAACCCCCCUUUUUUCCUCUAAAUAGUCUACUUCUUCUCUAAAAUUGGCUCCUGUACAAACAGCCGCGUUGGAUCCCUCGGGUUACUGUGAGACUCCGGUGUACAACCCGGAUCUCUGUCCAAAUAUGAUCGCCGCCCAGGCUAAGCUGGUGUAUCAUUUAAAUAAAUACUACAACGAGAAAUGCCAGUCUCGGAAAGCGGCCAUCUCCAAGACCAUCCGGGAGGUGUGCAAGGUGGUCUCGGAUGUCCUGAAGGAGGUGGAGGUCCAGGAGCCCCGCUUUAUCAGCUCCUUAAACGAAAUGGAUAACCGUUUCGAGGGGCUCGAGGUCAUCUCCCCUACUGAAUUCGAGGUGGUCCUCUAUCUGAACCAGAUGGGGGUCUUCAACUUCGUGGACGACGGCUCUCUACCGGGCUGCGCCGUGCUCAAGCUAAGCGACGGGCGGAAGAGAAGCAUGUCCCUCUGGGUCGAGUUCAUCACGGCUUCGGGAUACCUGUCCGCGCGCAAGAUCCGCUCCAGGUUCCAGACGCUCGUGGCGCAGGCAGUGGAUAAGUGCAGCUAUAGGGACGUGGUUAAAAUGGUCGCGGACACCAGCGAGGUGAAAUUACGCAUCAGAGACAGAUAUGUGGUUCAGAUCACCCCCGCGUUCAAGUGCACCGGCAUCUGGCCGCGAAGCGCUGCCCACUGGCCGCUGCCGCACAUCCCGUGGCCUGGCCCGAACAGGGUGGCAGAAGUCAAAGCCGAGGGGUUCAACCUCUUAUCGAAGGAGUGUUACUCGUUGAACGGGAAGCAGAGCUCGGCGGAGAGUGAUGCCUGGGUGUUGCAGUUCGCCGAAGCGGAGAACCGACUGCUCCUGGGAGGGUGCAGGAAGAAAUGCCUGUCGCUGCUCAAGACGCUGCGCGACCGGCACCUUGAGCUCCCCGGGCAGCCUCUCAACAACUACCACAUGAAAACUCUUGUGUCUUACGAGUGCGAGAAACACCCGCGCGAGUCGGACUGGGAUGAGAACUGCCUCGGGGAUCGACUGAACGGGAUUUUAUUGCAGCUCAUUUCGUGCUUGCAGUGCAGGAGAUGCCCCCAUUAUUUUCUGCCAAACCUAGACCUUUUCCAAGGGAAGCCACAUUCGGGCCUUGAAAACGCGGCCAAACAGACUUGGCGACUGGCUAGAGAAAUUCUAACCAACCCUAAAAGCCUGGAGAAACUCUGAGGUAAAAAUAAAUAAAAAUAAACGGCAUGUUUAUGAAUAGAAGGCCUGACUGAUCAAAGUUCUGAGGCCUAGACGCUAAUCAGGAACUCUUCCACAAAAUGGUCACUGUUGUUUUUGUUGUAAAAAAUAUUUUAGAUAGCUCCGUUUAAAAAUACUUCACAUGACACGAAUGUGUCAUAAGAAGGGAGCAAAUUGUAUCAACAAUCAAAAUGAAUAUAAUUACCUGUCAGUAUUACUGUUUCUUUCUUUUCUUUUUACGAACCCUGCCCAACAACUCAUUUUACCUAAAAGCUUUCGAAACAAAGCUGUACGAGACAGAGAACCUGUACAUUUUUUACUGUAAAUAGACACAUUUGUAGAUUGUGAAUCCGGUGGUCUGCAGUUGUGAUUGUUGUUCUGUGACACGUAAAUAGAAGUAUAAUUUCACAUGUUUUAACAUUCGCCUGGAUUAUUUCUGAAGAGAGAAAAAACAUGCAUCCACAAAUUAAUCUAUUGUCAAUAGCAAAUUUCGAAAGUUUACAUUUUGAUGGUACUAUUUCUUAAACAUUCCAUUCGCAUACUUGAAUUCUUAUUUAAAGUAUAUUCGACCAUUUUUGUUUGUACCUGAAAUUGAGAAAAUAUAUAUAUGAAAAAAAUAUACCUGAAAAUAAUGCACUUGAAAUACACUGGAAUAUAACAUUUUGUGAUUUGAUUUUUUUUAUAUCUGUCUCUGAAUUUAUUUAAAGAUUUAAUAAAAGCAAAUUAAUAUUUGUGUCCAAAAAAUGAUUCAUGCUACAUAAAUAUUGCAGUGUAAUAUAGGCACGAUUUUUUUUAGGGGGGGUAUUGUUAAGCCUCUUCGGCGUGAAAAUUAGGCUACACGAUGUAGUCCGAUUUUUUAAAAUACAAAAAUACACAAAACAGGAAAAUAAGAUAAUGUCUUACUGUGGCUAUUAAGAGAAGGACAGGUGAACUGAAAUAUGGAUUGCACAGACAGGUCAGAAAUGUGUGGCUUAACGAUAUAAUUCUCUCAUGACAGUUCUGCACAUCUGAAUUGCACCCCUUCAUUUAGAUUUGUUCAAAUUGUUUUUAUUUUUCAACCUAAAAUCAGUUAUAAUUAAAAUAAGUAAUAUUUCCUUCACUCAAUGUUAUUCCGUGUUAUUCAUGACAAAACUCAAGAUUGCCGAUUCACGCAAUUAUUAGUUUUAAACAUAGGCUACGUUUUGGUUAUUUUAGGGUGUUGUAGCCUACAUGAACUAUCACUUUAGAUGACAUUUUACCAUGCAGGCACAGGGGAAACACACACACCCACACACACACAAAAAGGACAUUCAAGGGUAUGGGCCUCGAUUCAGAAAGACAUGCAUAUAUUUUGGACGUUAUUGAAUUGACGGGUUUAAUAAAGUGCUACAAUUAUUAAACA